AUGGACUCGGCCUCGGUCAGCGGCGCCUCUGCCGCCAACAAUUCUUCGGACUUUGUCCGCAAGCUUUACAAAAUGCUCGAGGACCCUUCAUACUCGCAUGUUGUGCGAUGGGGAGAUGACGGCGACAGCUUUGUCGUCCUCGAGAACGAGAAAUUCACCAAGUCUAUUCUGCCGAAGCAUUUCAAGCACUCGAAUUUCGCAUCGUUCGUCCGACAGCUGAACAAGUAUGAUUUUCACAAAGUACGACAAAACAAUGAGGAGGGUGGGCAGUCGGCAUAUGGCCCCAACGCAUGGGAAUUCAAACAUCCCGAAUUCAAAGCCAACAGCAAGGACACUCUUGACAAUAUCAGACGGAAAGCUCCUGCGCCACGGAAGUCUACCACAGGCCUCAAUGGAUCGACCGAGGAGAUCCCACUUCAGCAGAUCGAUCUAAUGAACCAGCAGAUUGCAGCCCAAGCCCAACAAAUCGAGUCACUUGCGCACAAUAACCAGCAGUUGCAAAUGAACAAUCAGAUGAUCGUCCAGGAAGUACUUCGUCUCCAGAAGGCCGUUGUCAAUCAUGAUCGGGCUAUGCAGGAUGUCAUGAGCUUCUUACACACAGUCGACAAACAGAGAAGGGACAGCAAAAGCCUUUUCCCUCCGGCCCUGGCCGAGAGCGGUAACUCCAAUCUGACGCCCACCAGCCAGUCAAUUCCAAUUCCAGAGGAUGAGCCAGCAAGCCCGCUUCAACAUGCCGCGAAACUGCUAGGCGACGGAGAGAUUCAGUUCAAUGUAUCUGGUCUCGAGCAAUUGAACACUAACAUUGCCCUCGGCCCGAACGGCCAAGUCAGGGCUGGUCCUCCCUCAGCUUCUUCGACGGGCAGCAUGGGCUACUCCAAGAUCAAUCCCGCAGAGCUUGAGCAGAUGGUAUACCCCAUGGGCGCAAGUAAUGGAAUUGAUCCGAUGUAUGGCGACCAUGUCAACAACAUACCAUAUGCAGUACCGUCUAAGGAUGCUGCCAGCGAUCCACGCCAGAACUUUGCUGAAUCAAGGAAGAAGAGCAACUAUACAGAUCCUGGCUGGAUCAGACAGCCGCGAGUGCUACUGGUUGAGGAUGAUUCUACCUGCCGUCAAAUAGGUGGAAAGUUCUUGUAUUCAUUCCAGGCCGUAGUCGACACAGCACUUGAUGGUCUUGAGGCCGUCAGCAAAAUGCAAGAGGGCAUGAAGUACGACUUGAUUCUAAUGGACAUCAUCAUGCCCAACCUCGACGGUGUCUCGGCUUGUCAUAUCAUCCGUCAGUUCGACCGAACACCAAUCAUCGCGAUGACCUCGAACAUCAGGUCCGACGAUAUUCAAAUGUACUUCCAGCACGGCAUGGACGAUGUUCUGCCCAAGCCGUUCACGCGGAAGUCGCUUCUCGAAAUGCUGGAGAAGCACCUUAUGCAUCUGAAGAGGAUUCCGGAUGAGAUGGCUGCGCCCGGGGCUCCUAUGGCUCCCGUGCAAGCGGCGGGUCCACGUGGCGAUGUUUCGGCAGGCGCUUCGCCUGCUGCGUCAUCAGUUGGCACGUGGAAUUCGCCCGGAGGGUACUCUGGCGUCUCGCCUGUGAAUGCGCAAGUGCCAUAUCCUAUGGCACAGCAGCAGUAUCUGGACGCGAACGCUUCUGUGAACACUUCUGCUUACGGAAGCCAGCCACAUACGCCUGUUGGCGCGCGGCCGCCCGGACAGAAUCAAGGCCACCGUAGAGGACCAUCUGAGAUGAGUGGCGGUCCGCAGGAUCCCAACAGCGCAAAGAGACAGCGAAUGAAUUGGCAAAACCAGCAGGUGAAUCCACCGAUUAGGCAAUGA